CGCGUCGGUCGAGAGGACGCCGACGCGGGUCGCAUCGGAUGUCCUUCGCGAUCCACAAGCAGGUCCACCCCCCCACCGGGGUGGACCACGCGUGCGCGGCGUACUUCACGCACCCGAUCGGCAGCGGCGCGCCGCCGAACCUCGUCGUGCUCCAAGCGAAUCGCCUCACGAUCUACGCCAUCCGACGCGACGGCGACGCUCGCGACAACCCGAGCGGGAACGCGACGAAAGAGGCGGACGACGCCGCGAUCGCGGCGUCGCUCGUCGCGGACGCGAUAAGCGGCGCGGGCGCGACCGCGUCCGCGACGAUCGACGCGGACGACGCGGAGGUAUCCCUCGAAGUCGUCGCGGAGUUCGAUCUGAACGGCACCGUCGGAUCGAUCGCCACGCUUCGACGUCGCUUCGGCGCGCCGCGCGAGCAGCGCGACGCGCUCCUCCUCGCCGUGCGCGAGUCCAAGCUCAGCGUCGUGGAGUUCGACCCGUCGACGCUGUCGCUCGUGUGCAGCUCGCUGCACUCGUGGGAGACGCCGCCGGGCGCCGGCGGCGUGCCGUCCGCGCUGCGCCUCGCGCCGACGCCGCCCGUCGUCGUCGCGGACCCCGAGGGUCGAUGCGCGGCGGUGCUGUUGCGCGCGGAGGGAGGCACGCGACUCGCGCUGCUUCCCACGGACAACGACGCGAUGGACGUGGACGGCGGCGACGGAUCGGAGGGAAAAGGUCGUCGGACGUUGCGAGGCACCGCCGCCGCGGUGAAGAAGUCUUACGUCGUCGACCUCGUCCGCGAGAUGGGCGUUCGGUACGUCCGCGACGUGUGCUUCCUUCACGGGUACGGCGAGCCCGUGCUGCUCGUCCUGCACGAGGAGCGUCUGACGUGGGCCGCGCGCGCGACGCUCGUGAAGGACACGAUGCGGCUCAGCGCGAUUUCGUUAAACGUGGACGCGAGAAAACACACGGUGAUCUGGCGUCGGAGCGCGCUGCCGCACUCGUGUUAUCGUCUUACCGCGAUGCCCGCGCCGCUGGGCGGCGCGAUCGUGCUGUCGCAAAACUUUUUGCUGCACGAGUCGCAGGAGAGCAGCGCGGCGUUGGCGCUGAAUCCGCUCGCGGGCGGCGGCCGCGGGGACGACCCCGCGGCGAAAGCCGCCGCCGCCGCCUCCGCCGCCGCCCUCGACGGCGCGUACGCGGCGGUCAUCUCCGAGAAGCAGGCUCUCGUGACGACCAAGGCGGGCGCGUUGUAUUUACUCUCGCUGCGAAUCGAAGGCAGAAGACUCGCGACGCGCGGGGGGAUGCACCUGAAACGCGCCGGCGGCGCCGUGCUCUCGUCGGGGAUGUGCCUCGUCACGCGACGGUUGCUGUUCCUGGGCAGCCGCGUCGGGGACUCGCUGCUCGUGUCGCGAUGCUCUACGGCGAGGGCAUCGACGGCGGCGCCGGGAAGGCGACCGAGGGCGGCGGCGGCGGCGGCGACGACGGCGGCGGCGGAGGUGAGACUGCUUCCAAUACGACCCCAAAUCGACGGCGUCGGCGGCGUCUCCGCCGCGUCGCUCCGCGCCGCCGCCGCCGCGCACCGCGCGCCGGACCACCCCGGGUACACCUUCACGGUCAGAGACUCCGUGCUCGGGAUAUCCCCGGUGAUCGACCUGACCGUCGGCGCGAGCGCGAGCGUGAGCGGGGACACGAUCGAGAGGACCGAACUCAUCGCGGCGUGCGGGCACGGGAAAAACGGCGCGCUCGCGGUGCUUCAACGCGGGAUUCAACCCGAGCUCGUGACCGAGGUCGAAAGCGGAACCCUUCCCGGGUUGAAAGGGACGUGGACGGUGCAUCACGACAGCGCGGACAACGAGCGUCUGCGCGGGAGCGCCGCGGCCGCCGCCGCGCAGGCGGUGGAUCCCUACCACGCCUAUCUCGUCAUCUCGCUCGCGUCGUCGACGAUGAUUUUGGAGACUGGGGAGGAGCUCAAAGAGGUGAGCGAGCACGUCGAGCUCGUCACGGACGCCGCGACGCUGUGCGCGGGGAACGCGUUCGGGCGAGAGCGGAUCGUGCAGGUGUACGACAAGGGCGUGCGCGUCGCCGCGGGGCCGGUGAAGGUCCAGGACAUCGCCUCGACCGAGCUCGUCGCGGACGCCGGCGACGGAGAAGGAAUCGAAAUCGUCGCGGCGGAAAUUUCGUUUCCGUACGUGCUCUGCCGCCUCUCCGACGGCUCCCUCGCGGUCCUCAAAGGCGACGAGGAGAGCAAAACGCUCGUGAAGUUAGACGUGGACGCGCUCGCGCGCUUACCCCCCGGCGGCGGGAUCGCGUGCGCGACGCUCGUGGACGACUCGACGCCGGCGGCGGCGCACGGCGGGCUCCACGACCGCUCGCCUGGAUUUUUAAAACGCGCGACGACGGCGACGGCGACGACGACGACGACGACGGCGUCGGCGUCCCGGGAAGACGGCGACGACGACGACGAUUCGCGUCGUCCGAUGUUCCUCGCGGUGACGCGAACCGGCGGCGCGCUCGAGCUCUACUCCCUACCUUCCUGCGACAAGGCGUGGACCGCGAACGGUCUAUCCGAAGGCGUCGCCGUGUUGUCCCCCGCCGGGAGCGCGUCGGCGGCGCUCGUCGACCGCGACGCGGCGGCGGCGGCCGACGCCGGCGCCGACCGCGCGCCGGAGAUCGUCGAGCUCCGCGUCGACGCGUUCGCGCGCGCGCACGAGCGUCCGCUGCUCACCGCCCUCCGCGCGGACGGCGCGGUCCUCGUGUAUCGCGCGUUCACGUGCGCCGUCGCGGGCCCCGGCGGCCGCGCGCUCACGCAGUUGCGGUUCGCGCGCGUCCCCGUCGAGCUCGAAGGCGGCGGCGGCGGCGCGGUCGACCUGAGCGCGCUUCCCGGGUCUCGGCUCACGCGUUUCGAGCGCGUCGGCGACCGCGGCGGCAUCCGAGGCGUGUUCGUGUCCGGUCCGCAGCCGCUCUGGCUGCUCGCGCGUCGGUCGCGCGUCCUCGCGUUGCCCGUUCGCGGCGAAGCGCAGCGCGUGGUGUCGUUCACCGCGUUUCACAACGUCAACUGCCACGCCGGAUUCAUCCUCGGCACCGCCGCGGGCGGCGUGCGCAUCUGCCAGAUCCCCGGGCGAAUGCACUACGAGGCGGCGUGGCCAGUGCGUAAGCUCGCGUUGCGAUGCACGCCGCAUCACGUGCAGUACCUGCCGGACUUUAAGCUCUACGCGUUGUCGACGUCCGCGCCCGCGAAGUGGGUCGAGCCGGAGGUGGCGGAGGAGGACAUUCACGCCGCGACGGUCGUGAAGACGCGCCGCGCGAAAGCGAUGGCGCGCGGCGGGGUAGAGGAGCAGUUCGCGGUGAAGCUUCUCGUCCCCGGGUCGUUGGAGACGGCGUGGUCGCGCACGAUGGACCCGGGGGAGCACGUCCAGGCGGUGAAAAAUGUGCAGGUGAGGAAUCUGCGCACGGGGGCGUUGCACUCGAUGCUCGCGGUCGGGACGGCGAUGCCGGGGGGCGAGGACACGCCGUGCCGCGGACGCGUCAUCUUGUUCGAGAUCAGCUGGCAGAUGGUCGACGGGGAGACGAGGCGCGUCCCUCUUCUUCUUCUUUUUUUCGAUGACGCUCUCGCCGCGCUGUCCGGGCUGGAAGGCCACCUCGUCGUCGCCAUCGGAACGAAACUCAUCGUGCACGCGUGGGACGGCGCGGAGCUCAUCCCCGUGGCGUUCUUCGACACCCCGGUGCACACGGUGACGAUCAACGUGGUCAAGAACUUCGUGUGCAUCGGCGACGUCCAGAAGGGCGCGUACUUUUUCCGGUGGAAGGACGAUCCGAGGACGGGGGAGAAGAAUUUAAUCCAGCUCGCGAAAGACUUCGAGAGCAUGGACGUCCUCUCCACGGAGUUUCUCGUCGACGGGAGCACGCUGUCGCUCCUCGCCGCGGACACCGCGGGGAACGCGUACGUGUUCGCGUACGACCCGAAGUCCUCGGAGUCGUGGAAAGGCCAGAAACUCCUGACGAAAGCGUCUUUCCACGUCGGCUCGCCCGUGCAUCGCAUGGUGCGAUUCAAGCUCAAGACGCCGACGGGCGCGGGGAACGACGGGCGCGCGGCGCCGACGCCCGCGGAGAUCAAGGCGAACGCGAACCGACACGCCGUCUUCUUCGGCACGCUGGACGGGUCGCUGGGGAUCCUCGUCCCGAUGGAAUCGAGCACGCACGCGAAGCUCGAAGUGCUGCAGCGGUGGUUGAAUUACAACACCGCGCAAAACGCGGGGUUGAACGGGCGGAGCUACCGCGCGCCCAAGACGACGGAGGGACGCGCGAUGCGAUCACCCGCGCCGCACAAUUUGCUCGACGGCGAGAUGUUGCAAGGGUUCGAGUCGUUGGCGUGGACGAAGCAAGCGGAAGCCGCGGACGCGGCGGGGAUGACGAGAGAAGAGGCGCUGACGUAUCUGCACACGCUCUCCGCGAAGACGGCGUUCAUGUAGGUGGUCGUCGUAACUUGCUUCAGCACGGACGCGGACGGAAAGGACGGCUCCACGAUCUAAAACUUAGCCAAGAUUAAUAAUACUGCGAUACACGCC